AUGGUUAUCGUGGGAGACAGCCUCCAUAACUUUGCUGAUGGCCUAGUGGUGGGGGCGGCCUUCUCCUCAUCCGCCGAGACGGGCAUGGCGACCACCGUAGCCAUCCUCUACCACGAAAUCCCUCGUGAAAUUGGUGACUUUGCUGUGUUGCUCAGCUCAGGUCUCUCUGUGAGGAAUGCAGUGAUGAUGAACUUACUCAGUGCUCUGACGGCCUUCGUCGGCCUCUUCGUCUCCUCAGAACCAGAGAUCCAGCAGUGGAUCAUUACGGUUACCACAGGGAUCUUCCUCUAUCUGACACUAUUAGAGAUGCUUUCAUCUCUCUUUCAUGUGAAGACCAACCGGCCCUGUCUCAUGUUCCUUCUGCAGAACCUUGGCCUAUGUUAUCUGCCAUACAAUAUGUGUAAUUGAUGGCAAUGUUGACAGUACUUUCUGGUCUUGCUUUUUAUCAUUAUCUUGUUGAUUACUAUAUUGUUUACUGCUACUUGUCAUAAUUGUGUAAGUAUUACACUAGAUGAAGGCAUCGAACUGCCUAUUUGAAACGCCACAAGGCAUUUUAUGCAAGUGAUAGCGAUAUUAAUGUAAGGUGAAUAAUAACAGUGACAAUCAAAUGUCAUU